AUGGGGGAGAAUAAGCACGACUUCGCGGAGGAGGUUCGUGCGGCCUGGAAUUCCUUGCGGCCCCAAGAGCCCGAAGACCCGUUGAGUGCUUUGUUGCCAUCAUGUGACUUAUUAAAAGAUUUCAGUGCUUCGGCCCUCUGCAGACCCGCUGCUACAGAUCGCCCUGUGGAUGUGGAACUCCGUAAGAUCCUGCAGCCGACUAUUGCUGGUAGGAGGCUGUAUCUGCAGUGUGUGCAAAACAUCGAAGUUUUGUCUUGGAAGGAAGCUUUGGAUUGUCAAACACAGAAAGCUAUAAAGAGGUGGUAUAAUUUGGUCUUGCUUUGGAAGUCAGAGCUUCUGGUGGUGAAGCAAGUUUCCAGCGCCACUGUGGCGGAAGGCAUGGACAUCCUGGCUGAUUACUUGAGACCAAAGGCCCCUAGUACUUUGAACAAGAGGGCUUCAUCUCUUUUCUUGCUUGACAAGCUGCUCUCGGAGGAAGGGCUCCUUUUCCCCCCAGGUGAGCAACAUCUGUAUGACGCUUUGUGCAAGCUACGUGCCAAAGGUAAGGCCCAGUCCGGGCGGAAGGGCAUCCUUGAAGCUUUGAACUUUUGCUACUUCGUCUUGAACAUUGAAGAGUGCGAGGAGCUGGUUUUUAGCAGAAGGUGCCAAGGAGUAUGUUAUGUCGAGCCGCGAGCACGGGUCAAUCAAGCUUCGCCUUUCUCCCUAGAGGAAGUUUUGGAGUUGCAUGAGAUAGUGCACCAGGCUCUUGACGACUGGGAUGCAGCCUUUGCUGGAGCCGUAUUGACCGCCAUCUACUUGAGGUCUAGAUGGGCUGACUUGCAGUGCUGCGAGGAUUUGCAAUUGGAUCGGGAUGCUUUAGGUCGUUUGUGUUACAUCGAUCUGAUCACCGGCCAUCACAAAUCAAUGCAGUCGAGACAGCAUCGACACCAGUUCUUGACGAUGACCGGUGAAAUGUCAGCUUGGAUCAGGAAGCUCCUUCCAGGUGCGGCGGAGGCCAACAGAAAGCUGUCCAGUCCGCUUUUUGAGUUAAGCCGGAUGUUGCAGUGGGUGAGGGAUGGACGCUUUCACCCAGACAACACUCGUUCGGGAAGAUUUACCUCUUCAGAAGAGCUUGAGCAGGCUUGGUGGGAUCAAGUGAGGGACGUCUCAGCCCCGAGCGAGGGGCAGAACCGCGAUCAGGAAAUCGUGCAUCCGGGAGAUUUGCAGAUUGAAACAGCUGAUUUUCAGGGCUUCGGCGGAGAGUUGGACUUCGAGGCUGAUGACCCCGAGGAGCGGCUUUCUGCAGCGGGGGGCUUGGGCGAGUUGGCAGACUUGGGCGGUGAUGAGCCCAGAGUCACCGACGACGAAGACCCGGACUCUUCGGCAGAAGGGGCCUCCAGUUCAUCGGAGAGCGACGGAAGUGGGGCAUACAAAGUCCAGGAUCUGUCACUUGAAGAAGGUGAGUGCACUCCAAUUUUGUGUCGGUAUCUUUUUCGAUUUCUCUGCGCAAUGGCUCUAAUUGACAGUGAGGCUUCGCUCAAACAGAGGUGCCUGCCCAUCGAGGGGGACGACUCGCUUUUCGAGUCUCUGAAGGCCAAUGGAGUGAAGACGCUGCGUCAGUUAGCAUUUGCACUUGGGAGCCCCCAAACGCCCCCAUCGGAUGAUGCUCUGAGGGACCUUGCGGCUAAAGUAUACAAAUGUGCCGAGGGUACUCAGCCGACGAUCGGACAGAUUGCGAACGUUCGCAUGCUUAUCUUUGAAGCCUCUACACUGGUGGUGGCACAGUUGCGAGCCCAGGCGACAGCGGAUGAUUCAGAUCUUGCUGGUCGUAAGUUGCCGCAUGUUGAAAAGCAGGCACGUUUGACUUCGCAAAAGUCCCGACUGCCCGGGCUUCUGAUAGAGGGGGAGCUGCAGCCCAGCUACGCGCUGGUGGAUGCUUGUGCCCUCAUGGCCGAAUCCAACAGCAUCACUUGGAUCAGCCCCUCGCGUUGCACAAAGCGUGAUGCUGAGGUGCAACAACUAGGGAAGGAGAAAACCUCGUUGGUCCAAAUUGAAGCAGGCACCUUGAAGGUUAGUGCAAGCAACAAGUUACCUGAUGCUGAUGCCACCACUGCCUUGCAACUUCUUUACUGUUUCCAGAGACGAGGUUUGGCUUUGGAUCAGUGUAGCCUCAUCGGCUGGUCGGACCAUGAGUGGUACGUACAGAGCCUUAUGUCCUAUCUUCAUGGAGAGCCAGUGUCCGGGGCCAGGCCCGCGAUUGCCCAAGUCAUCAGGGCAGACCGGGAGGCUUGGACAUUGAUGAGCCGUGAGAUUGAGGGACCGAUCGGGGUAAAAGAUGCGGCUGGCGAGCUGGUGAUGGCGGCUGCUUUGAGGCGGCUGGCCAAAGACCCUCGCGUAGUCGUUCACCUUGUCACGGCGCCGCAACCUCAGAGAGUCGCUCCACCGCCUUCCAUCCCUUCCGAUGCAGCUGCUGCCGCAGCAUUGGCUGAGAAGGCUAACAAGAAGAAAAAGCGCAAGCGUCUUACAAACCUUGUGCCAGAGUCUUUGAAAGGAUGUGUCACCAAGAUCAAGGGGCCUAUCUGUUGGUCCUUCAACCUCGCUGAGGGGUGUUCUCUUGAAACAAAGAAGGCGACUCCCGCUGCCUCGAGUGAAGCUUCGCGAGCCUCGAGUGAUGUGGAGUCCCUUGCCGCGUCCAUUUUGCAAAUGACCGGUCCUUUCGACCAAUCUUCGCUGUUGCAGCUGAUUGAGCUGCUACCAAUGCAGAACCCUCCACGGGGGAAGGUUGGACGCUCCUUCGGUGCUGGGGCGUAUGCACAAGGGGGCCUUUACGGCCUUCAUUCCAAUACGAACCUUUUUCCAAACGUGUGUGCUGUCUUCGCGGCACACCUACGGAGGUUUGCUCCGGGCGAGUUCUUUACAAGCUUUAUUAUCCUAGAUGACUGUUCUUCCGAGGUGCAUCGCGAUUCCAACAACGACGACUCCUGCUGCAACAUCCUGCUGAAGUUGUCCGAAUUCCAAGGAGGGGCCGUGUGGGUUGAGGGUGAUGGCGACAUUGAAAUGACUGAUCCUAAAGGACGUGUCUUGAAGGGUCAUGCGAUUCCCUGGGAGGAUAAUAAAAUCACUUUGGAUGCAAGGAACUUGUUUCAUGCUACGCUCCCCUGGACGGGGCGGCGUCUCGUGCUGGUCGGAUACACUGUCAGGGACUUCCAAAAAGUGUCAAGCGAUGAUCGGCAGAGGCUGCUUGAUCUCGGCUUCCAGUGUGCAUCACAAACCGAUAGAUCCAGAAGCCCGGUGCCCGCCGAUGCUCCGGUAAAUCUGGGACAUGUCGGAGAAUACCUGUUUCUUGAGGUGAACGGUUUGCCCGGUCUUUUCGGUCAGCGGGUCAUAGCCAAAGUCAAAGCUUCCCUUCUCCAGUCUGGGGUUCAGGAAUUCGCAACGGUCUCUCAAACCCGAGAGUCCGAUUCCACCUUCGAUGGUCGACUGGCUUUGAACGCAUUGCCGCGAGGACGGCGCAACCCACCUUUGGUGCAUGAAUUUGUGUCUUUCAAGUUUGUGGCUGUGCCUGCUGACCCUCCUUCAACCGAUGCAUCUUUGCUCGAUGGACUGCCUAAAGGGUCUCGGGUCUUGUCUCGCCUGACCUUUGAUAGGGGUUAUGAAGAGGCUUGUAAGACCCUGAUCAUUUCCUCUAGUGAAGUUACAUUGGCGGAUGGCAAAUCAGAGUUGCUUGAGGGUGAGUUGGUAAAAAUUGGCCUGCCUUCCGAGCCCGAGGCAUUCGUGCAACGAGCAGUGCAAGCCGGCCACCCUAGGGACGGAAGUGCACAUGUGUCAAAGCUGGUCAUACAGUCAAUCAAAGCAAACUUUAGCGAUCCGCCAGCGCAAACCGUGACCUCUAGGGUUGCUGCUCUAAAGCAUUGGACUACCAGAGCCAAACAGUUAGAGCAAAAAGAAGAGGAGUUACACCAGAGUUUGCCAGAGCACCUGCGUUCGCUGCUGGAGGGCAAGCGGCUACUCUUGUGGCAGGAAAUGCACAAAGCGGCUGGAUCACCAGACGACCAGCUAAUCUCCCACAUGUGUGAGGGAUUUAGGUUGUCGGGUUGGUUGUCGCAGGGUCUAAAUCAGUCGACGGCCGAGAAAAUGCGCGUCCGGCAGGAUGAAGACUUGGAAAGGGCAACAUGGCUAGUGCGCGUCAUAGAUGACGCCAGUAUAUGCGGUAUCAACGCGCUACGCAUCAACGAUGGCAAGUUGCCUGCGUGCAAGGGCGAGGCGGAGCCCAUGAUCAUGGGUGCGAACUCCUUGCCGUUCGGUGCAGUGGGCAGUGUUGCGGCUUUCCUCCGCAUCUCGUUGAGCAUAUGGCUGAUAGGCAUGAGGCUGUUCAGUAUUUUCUGGACAGCCUUUUUCGACGACUUCGGAGUCACGACUCGAGAUGAACUUGUUGCCAACACCGACUCCUGCAUAUGUGCCAUCUUUGAUCUCCUCGGAGUUGACUUUGCUCGGGAAGGCAAGAAAGCACCACCGUUCUCUCGAGAAUUUAAGCUGUUGGGAGUCAAAGUGGAUUUGAAUGAUGCCCCUCGGGGAACUGUGAGGAUCGGGAACACUGCCGAGCGCCGAGAAGAGCUGAGUGUGUUCAUCGAAAGCAUCUUGAACGCCAAUUGUCUUGACCUCAAAACUGCUGAAAGGCUCAGAGGCAGGUUGGUGUUCUUCGAGGGGUUUGUUUUCGGACGAAUGUCGAACUCGUCCAUCCGAACGGUGGACCGUGCAGCCAGAGCGGGGCUGACUACGAAGAGUUUGCCUGAAGAUGUUAGGAAGAGUCUUGUUGUCAUUCGCGAGAGGCUGAGGGUGGCUGAGCCUGUGACCAUUGCUACAAAAAACCAUCAGUCUUGGCUCAUCUUCACAGAUGGAGCCUGCGAAGGCGGGAAAAAGCUGGGAUCCAUUGGAGGAGUGAUCGUGGGCCUUAAUGGCCGUCCGAUAUCCUUCUUCAGUGAGCAAGUCCCGCAGGACAUUAUGAGGAUCUUGCUGCGAGACUCGCAGAACCCUAUUUUCGAGCUUGAGCUUCUGCCCGUCCUACUUGCGUAUAGGCUCUGGGGCCAGUGGUGCAGAUUUUCUCAAGCUGUUUUUUAUGUGGACAACGAAGGUGCUCGCCAUUCGAUAAUAGCCGCGGGCGGAGGCGCUGCACUCGCUCGUGUGAUUAUCGAUGGCAUCCUCUCAAAGGAGACAUCCCUUCAAAUCCACGCAUGGUACGCUCGUGUACCUACGCACAGCAACAUUGCGGACUCCCCCAGCAGGGGUGAGUACGAGGGUCUCUUGAAUAUUGGAUGCUCGAGGCUUCGCGUUGACUGGGAUGCGGUGGCACGGCAGUAUUUUCCAUUGGGGUGA